GAGUCGCGAGGAGGGGAAAAGGCGCGCGGCCCUCCUCGUCCGGCAGUAGCGCGGUAGCGCACGCCCCCCUCUUUCUCUCUCUCUCUCUCUCUCGCUCUUUCUCUACGGUGAAAUUCGCGCCGCCGUCGCGACGGCACUCUCCGGUAGUCAGUCAGCGCUGGACCGCCGCCCGCUUCGCAUUUCGACACAUCGCACGGAUCGGGUUGCGCUUUUCUUCAGCUCCAGCCGAAUUUCGCGAUUUUUCUCUCCCCCCACCAGCAGCAGCAGCAGCUUCACCGGCCGCCCCUCCUCCGCCCCCCUUCCUCCACCUCCGCAGCCGGCGGUGGACAGCCUGGCGGCCUUGUUUGUUUUCGCGAGAAGGUAUACGAUUUUCGAUUUUCGAGAAGAGCAAGGAAACACGGAAUCGUUAUUGUUGUUGUCGAUGGAUGGACAGUGCGCGCGACCGGAAGUGUGCGGGAGACUAGCUGCCGAGCGAUGUGUAUACGAUUGAAUUUCUCCGCUGCACGCAAAGUGAUCGUUACUGGUAUACGUGCGUAUGACGUUCUAUGAUUAUACAUAUUACAGUGUCUGAAGGAUUUUCUCUUUACCCCGCCGAUGCUAACGAGUCGGUCGACGAGGCCGCGUGACACUGCUGUGAUAUUUUUAUGUACUCACGGGGAAGAGAGUAACCGAGUGCCAUGACGCGUGAGAAUUAGUCGCGUCACCGGUUGUAUACGACGAGAAGAGUAGUGCUAUUUUGUAUCAAUCAAGUGCCAGAAUAAUAGUAUAUCCGUAGUAGAGUGCAAUGACAGAGCCGCGAUGAGGUUAGAGCAGCCGUCGAUAGGCAGGAACAGUGCGAGCGAUUUGGACUGGUGAAUUCCGGAAGGACGAGGUCAACAUCGAAGAGAUAUUUUUCGAGGAAAGACUGACGCCGACGAAGAACGAGCUGGAGGCCGCCACAGUCGAGACCGUUCGCAGGACGCAGAUGACCCGUAGGAAACAGCACGCACCGCAACGCAUGAAAUGUAAGUAGUGGUGUCCGAACCGUUGCGAAAAGCGAAGGCUGUGCCCGGAGCCGCUCCCGGCGUCCGCCGCUGUGCCGGACGGGAGAUAUGCGCAGCAAGCAGCAGCCGAGGCCUUCCUUCCGGUGGCCGCAGCAGCGCGGCGAUAACAUUCCCGGGGAGGACGGUGCAGAAAGCGCAGGCCCUGGCACGGAGCUCCAAGCCGAGGAAGGCGACUGCCCGGACGAGGAUGGUCCAGUCAGUCCGAGCGAGAGGGGCUGCAGCAACACGGCCGGCUCGACGGCAGCCAAAGAGGACGAGGACGGCGAGGCUAGCGACGGGGACGAUGAAGAGGAAGCCACGACAGCCAACACCUCGCCAUCGGCUGUCAGCUCGAGAUUGAACCCCGUUGCCCUCAGGGAUACUGGGCCCCCGGAUAGGGAGCCAAUGAGCCCGCGGUGUCCGUCAAGAGACUCGCGGGAAUCGUCCGGCCCGGCAACCGGAAGUCCUCCGCCCCCGGCAACUCGAAGCAGUUCGAGCCCCGUAAGUCCCCCGGGCAGUAUCGUACCUCUGCCCCUGGGCGUGCAUCCGCUCUUACCUCCACAGUCCGCAGCCAUGAUGGCAGCCUAUCUCCAGCAGACGCACCAGCGUCUGCUGCUCGGUCACUCGCCUCUGUCGCGAAGCUCCGUCUCUCCGCUGGUGUCUUCCUCGUGCUCGCCACCGGCCGCGACGCCGGGCCUGCACGUCUCGCCGACGAGCGGCGACGUCUCGCCGAACGCGACCCCCCUGCCGGCCGUCCUGGAUUUCAGCACGCGCAAAACCUCCUCGACCGAGGAGGAGGAGGACGAGCAGAUCCUCAACCUGAGCAAGCCGCCCACGCCCUCCUCGUCCACGGAGACGAACAACGGACCCCUCGACCUCUCCGUGCCGAGCCGAAAGCGGCCGGUGCCCGAGGACUCGCCCCCGCCGCCGCCGAGAAAGUCCUCGAGACACGCGGGUGCCGCCGCGAGCACGCCCGUGCAGGCGCACCAGGAGUCGCCCUCGAGCGCCUCGCCCUAUGCCCGCCAGGUCGUCUCGCCUUGGACCUCGCCCGUCGUCGCCUCCCACUUCCCCUACUUCGCCGCGGCCGUCGCGGCGGCAGCAACUAGUCAGCAGCAGCUAUCGCCGAAGAGCGGCACGGGCGUGGUGGACCACCAUCAGCUGUGGAACGGCAAGAUGAAGCCCCCGGCCAUGGACAAGUCCUACCAGCCGAGCGAGGCCACAAAGGCCCUCGAGAAGAUGAGCGAGCUGAGCAAACUCGGCGGCGAGGAUCUCUACCGAUCGCCCUCGAGCGACAGGGGCAACGCAGGCGCCGGCGGCGGCUCCUCCGCGACGUCCGGCAGCAGGCACAGCGCCUGGCAGUCGCACUGGCUGAACAAGGGCGCCGACCAGGCCAAGGACGUCCUCAAGUGCGUCUGGUGCAAGCAGAGCUUCCCCACCCUGGCUGCGAUGACGACGCACAUGAAGGAGGCCAAGCACUGCGGGGUCAACAUGCCGGUACCGCCGCCCAGCGGAGGGGGAAUGCACUCGCAGCAGCAGCACCAGCCGCCGAUGCCGCCGACGCCGCCUCAACCGCACCAGUCGCAGACGUCCUCGGCCGGCGGCGGCGGCAGCGGUGGCGGAGGCAACGGCAACUCCACCUCCAACAGCAAGCAGAGUCCCUCGGAGCUGAACCUCCUGAUAAAGGAGACGAUGCCCCUGCCCAGAAAGCUGGUGCGCGGCCAGGACGUCUGGCUGGGAAAGGGUGCCGAGCAGACGCGGCAGAUUCUGAAGUGCAUGUGGUGCGGACAGAGCUUCCGCUCGCUCGCCGAGAUGACUUCCCACAUGCAGCAGACGCAGCACUACACGAACAUCAUCUCCCAGGAGCAGAUAAUCUCUUGGAAGUCCUCGGACGAGAACAAGGGCGGCGGCGGCGGCGGCGGUGGCGGGGGUGGCUCCGGAGGAAACUCGGGAGGUGGCAGCGGAGGCGGCGGUGGAGCGCCCCCUAGCGGCGGAUCCGGGCCCCACGGCGCGAGCGGUGGCCCCGGGGCCGGUGCGACCAGCAGCCACGUCAGCGCCGUGCUCACCUGCAAAGUCUGCGACCAGGCCUUCACGUCGCUCAAGGAGCUCAGCAACCACAUGGUCAAGAACAGCCACUACAAGGAGCACAUAAUGCGAUCCAUCACGGAGAGCGGCGGUCGCCGGAGACAGACGCGGGAGAAGAGAAAAAAAUCACUACCCGUGAGGAAGCUGCUGGAGCUCGAGCGCGCGCAAAACGAGUUCAAGAACGGCGACGCGGCAGCCGCUGCCCUGGCGCACGGACUGGGCAAGCACGCCGGCCGGAUAACCUGCGAGAAGUGCGGCGAGAAAAUCGAAACGACGAUCUUCGUCGAGCACAUACGCCAGUGCAUCGGCGCCGGUGCCCUGGGCGUGAACCAGCGCAACUUUCUGAAGAACGCUCUCAUGUCCAACCACUUGCCAGCUACGCUGCCGCCGGGGGAGUCGGGUCGCAAAAGCGUGAGCGAGGAGACGUCGUCCAUCUCGUCGAGACAUCACCGCUCGCCUUCCUCGGCGAGCGACGCCACGACCCCCGGCAAAGAGACGCCGACGCCGACCGCGAACGAAUCCGGCGGCGGCACUUCGUCCCCAUCCGUGCUGAACGCCAUUGAAAAGCUGAUCGAGAAGAGCUUCGAUUCGAGGAUCCGCCACGGCGGAUCGGGCAUGCACCACGCGCAACCCGGAGCGCCCAUCGGCUCGAGCAUCCUCAAGCGGCUGGGAAUCGACGAGAGCGUGGACUACACUAAACCGCUGGUCGAUCCCCAGACCAUGAACCUCCUCCGCUCCUACCAACAGCAGCACUUCAACGCCACCGCGGCGGCGCGAAGGGAACGGAGCGGCAGCGAGUCCAGCUCGAUCUCGGAGAGGGGCAGCGGCAGAACCGACACCAUGACACCGGAAAGACGGCUCGACCUAUCCACCAGUGCGCACGACAGGCUCUCGACCUCCUCGUCGCACUCGCAUCACCAGCGCGCCACGCCCGACAAGCAGGUGACUCCGCUGCCCUCCCGUCAUCCCCCGACGAACGAGGAAUCCGACGAGGAGGACUCGGUCGUCGUGAAGAAGGAGCCGAGGGACGAAGAGCAGGACGCAGUCCCGGCGAGCAACGAGAGCGACCAGCAGUCCGAGAACCCGCGCGACGUAAUCGUGAAGAAGGAGCUGCUCGACGACGGCAGGGAGGAGGACGACGCCGAGUCGUUCAACCACCGAAGAAACAGCGGCAGCCUGCGCGAGCCCUCGGAGGAGAGAAAGGACGUUCUGUCGCCUCAGAUGAACCCCCCGACACCGAGGCCCAUGAGCCAGGUCGAGCAGCUGGCCCGCAGCCCCUGCAGGAACAGCACGAGCAGUCCGACGAGCAGCGACAGAUCCGUGACGCCGCGAGGCACCCCCGACAACAAGGCCUCGAGCAGCCUCGGCGCGCUGUCCUCGAUGUUCGACAGCUUGUCCGGCGGCGGGAACUCGGGGAGCGCGAACGCCACCGACGGCCAGGGCCGGAAGACCAGCAGCCACCCGCUGGCCGCCCUGCAGAAGCUCUGCGACAAGACCGAGACUCGCGGCUCCGGAGGGGGCGGCGGCAACAGAUCGGCGUCCGCCUCGAGCGCGACUCUCGGGCCGGGAAGCGGCUCGACGUCCGGAACGAGCGGCUCCGGCGCGGGCCCCACGCCGGGAGCGAUCCUCGCCUUCAGCUGGGCCUGCAACGACGCCGUGGUCACGGCCGACUCCAUCAUGAAGUGCGCCUUCUGCGACACCCCGUUCAUCUCGAAGGGCGCGUACAGGCAUCACUUGUCCAAGAUGCACUUCGUGAAGGACGGCGUGAUCCCCGAUCCCCUGACCAUCGGCCGGUCGUCAGCGAGCGCCGCCGCCAGCGGCUCGGUCAGCUCUCAGCCGGCCUCCAGCGGUCCGAGUCACAGUUCCUCGUCGCCACCCUCGUCCCAGCGGAACAAGUCGCCGCCGAUCCCCCAGGCGAACGGCAGUCCCUCCCAGCCGACGAGCUCGCCGCUGGAAGAAAGUCCACACUCGAAAUUUCUAAAGUAUACGGAGCUGGCUAAGCAACUGUCCAGCAAAUACGUAUAGUCCGAGUCCCGUAAGUAGCGGUGCCACUUGUACAUAAGUGUAUCUAUAUUGUAACGAGUUCGAGGAGUGGUUCAGGUUUUUAGAGCUAUUUGUAGUCCGUGUACAUCGUCUGCCAACGGUUAUGGUUACAUGACGAUGGGAUUUAAUCAAUUCGAUCGAAAGAGCUGCGGCGACGUACUUUUUCCUUUGUAUAUCUCGUUUUGUUUGUUGUUCAACGAAGUCAAUCCUCCUCUUCUCUAAUAUUAAGACUCUUGCGGAUCGCUCGUUACAUUGUUAUGUUUGUCUCGCUGAACUUUAUUCUUGUCUUGUAAAGCUCUUUCGACAUAAUUGAGACUAUAUUGCGAUACGUCGGUAUAUAUUAUAUAAAUAUAACGUGUAAGGAAAAGAAAUAAUGUAUACCCUAGGAGAUAAUUUACACCGAGCUGAUCGAUGUUUUUUCGAUUCACAUUCGUCAGAUCCCAUUGUUACUGGCCAUUAAUCGUAUUUCGCAUCUUGUCAUUCCUGGGUCAAUAUAAUGAAUAGUGUUUUUCUUCCGUCUCUCGUCUUACGACGCAGAGAUAAACGCACGUACUCUGUGUCGAGCGACGAAUGCGUUUACUCUUUUCUUAGUAACGAGCAUUAAAAAAAAAGUAAAUAAAAAUAAUAAAAAAGUAAAUUAUAAAAAUUAAAAGGCAAAAGAUUCAAAAUAUCUCCGACUCAUUUUGCGAUUUCAAAUUAAUCGAGGAAAAACAGUCAAGUCAAGUCCGUGCAAUACGUACAUUUUUAGAUACCUACCUAGUUGCAAAAAAAUGAGCGAGAGAAAAGGGGUGCUUGAAAAUCAAAGUUCCACUUCGCGGACGAAACAAAGAGUAGAAUCAAAAUGAAACGACGAGAAGUUGAGCAGAAAAAGGGAAAAGAAAAAAAAGAAAACAAUGCGCGAGAAAAGACACAGGAGCGACACUGAGGCGCAAUGAUGAUGAUGAUGCGGCGGCGUAUUAUAAACACAAGCGCUCUUCAUUCGAGAGAACGCAAUAGUUAGGAGAGACGAGAUUGAAUUUUAUUGUGAUGCCACCAUAUCUCGCAGCACCGCUGAGUCACGGGGCUCGGCGCGCGGCCAAGUAUGUGAUUUUAUAAUAUAAUAUAAAAACAAAUACUUAAGGAAAUUUUUGCGUUUCGCGAGACUGCAGGUGAUUUAACUAUUCGAGUUUAACUAUUCGAACCAUCGCAACCACGAUUUUCUUUGUAUUUUAUAAAAUUCUGUGAGGCUUUUUUAUAUUUUAGGAUACACGUAAAAUAAUCGUAGGUAGAAGAAGAGAAGACAGUGUAGUCUAAAUAUACGAGAUAUUUAUUUUCUCAGCUAACGUUAGCCGAAUCUUUCGAAUUUCACUUGAGUCAUACACGACGACGAGCAGUAUAUAUGGAAAAAAGCAAAAAACGAAAAACAAAAAAAAAUGUUCUUCAAUCUAUACGCGAUACGCGAUGAAACGCUAUUGUUACAAUAUAUUUAUCUUCGAAAAAUACUCUCUCAAGGCCUUUUAGUUUUUGAAAUUCAAAGAAAAUCACACCACGUCACCUGCAUUGAACUUGUCGCAAACGUGAGCAUGUAUACCUUUAGACUCUAAGACCGUAGCUGAUUAGUAAAGAACCUAGAUUAGGAUACCCGCCAUUGUAUAGGAAUCUCUUUGUUAAUAAUUAAGGCCACGCAGGACUGGUCACCCGCGUCGGUCCGCGCUACGUUUUUUCUCCUUAAUGCGGCCGACACGUUUUAGCUUAAAGAAAAAAUAAGAAAAAAACAAGAGAGUGAGACUGCGCGGCAAGGAGUGAAAAAAGCGUAGAAAAAACAAAACGAGUGCGCACGACACGCGCGGUGCAAUAUCGAAUUUCCUAUGAGAUUUGCGUCUAUUGUAAUUGAUCGAGAGAACAAAAGAGAGCGGAGAGAAAAAUUUAAUAGAGUUAUACGAGCACGAGGCCUGACCUGAUCUGAGAAUAACGUUGAUGCGCGACUCGCACAGAUUUGGACGAGUCGAGAAACGACAAGAGGACGAGGGAGCAAGCGUGUGCGAGCCAGUAUUAAAAGGCAACUGAUGAUUAAAAGUUAUAACGCAUUGGAAAUUAAGAAGAGUGUCGUGUCGUCAAGCACUGCGAGAAAGCGAAGACCAUUGUAAAUUUUCUUUGUUUUUAAAAAUAAUAUUUAUUAUCGCGCCCGAGUGAUCGCCGCACGCGUCGCAUUUCAACGUGUAAAAUACUAAUCAUUGAUUAUCAUUCGAAUUAUCGCGAUAUAUAUUGUGUAUAUUGACUACAAUUGACUAUACAUUAAAGUAUAUUAUACGAGAUAGCAAGAAAGAGAGAGAGAGAGAGAGAGAGAGAGAGAGAGAGAGAGAGAGAGAGAGGAGCGUCCGAGAAACGAAAAAUUAAGCGCGCGAGAGUCCGUGAGAGAAAGAGAGAUACAGUGAUAAAAUCUCUGUGCGAGAGUGAGAGCGAGAAUGAGCUGCAGGAGUAAAUGAGGAAGACAUGGGAGGCAAGCAAAAAGAUGCAGAAGUGGAGGGAUAAAAGAAAGUGAUAUAGCGGACUGGUAGCAGGACGGGCAGCUCGAAUGUGGAAUAAUUACUGUAAACUGCAUAUUGCGGAGCGAGCGCGUUCGAGAAAAAUCGCGAGAGGUGGCUGCGAGCAGAUGGACACACCCGCACACCCACACAGACACACUUGUAUACGUAUUUCUUGUAAACUCUAAUUCUUCCAUCGCGGACUUUAAAAAGUAUUUAUCGAUAUAAUAAUAAUAUUAAUAUUAUUAUUGUAAUUAUAUACGACUGCUGAGAGAGAAAGAGCGUGUGUGUGUGUGUGUGAGAGAGAGAGAGAGAGAGAGAGAGAGAGAGACUGCGUGUGAGACAAUUGAAAGAGCGAAUCCGUGAGUGCGUGCUUCACAAAUACGAAGACAUACGAAAAGCGAGCGUGAUCGACUUCGUAAUGAAUAAACAAAAAUAAAGUUGCGUUUAGAUAUGUACACGUGCGUGUGCGCAAUUACACACACACACACACACACCGAGAUGCACAGAAAGAGAGAGAGACGUGUGCAGGUAAUAAGAUUAAAUAAAAAAAGUAAAUUACGAUCGAGGAGACACGAGCGUACCUACAAACAGAAUCACAAAGAUAUGCAUCAUGUAUACGCGACUCUUGAAAAACCAUUUUACCAGAUUUGUCAUUAUUUAAUUAUUUCGGUUGUAUUUUAAAAUGCAAUUAAAGCUCAAAUAAAUAUAUAUGUUAUAAACUAAUA